CUGUCCGCUGUCUCUGGUCAUCCCCUGUACUGUCCGCAGUCUCUGGUCAUCUCCUGUACUGUGUCCGCAGUCUCUGGUCAUCUCCUGUACUGUCUGCAGUCUCUGGUCAUCCCCUGUACUGUGUCCGCAGUCUCUGGUCAUCUCCUGUACUGUGUCUGCAGUCUCUGGUCAUCUCCUUCUCAUCCCCUGUACUAUGUCUGCAGUCUCUGGUCAUCCCUGUACUGUGUCUGCAGUCUCUGGUCAUCCCUGUACCGUGUCCGCAGUCUCUGGUCAUCUCCUGUACUAUGUCCGCAGUCUCUGGUCAUCUCCUGUACUGUGUCCGCAGUCUCUGGUCAUCCCUGUACUGUGUCCGCAGUCUCUGGUCAUCCCUGUACUGUGUCCACAGUCUCUGGUCAUCCCUGUACUGUGUCCGCAGUCUCUGGUCAUCCCUGUACUGUGUCUGCAGUCUCUGGUCAUCCCUGUACUGUGUCCGCAGUCUCUGGUCAUCCCUGUACUGUCCGCAGUCUCUGGUCAUCCCUGUACUGU